CCCGCUCCAGCUCCUCCUCCCGCUCUCGCUCCGCUCUCUGCAGUGUCACGUGCGGCCGCGCUGGGUGCAGGAUGGCGGUGGCAGCGGUGGGUGUCAGGCUGCGGGAUUGCUGCAGCCGGGGAGCUGUGCUCCUGCUCUUCUUUUCUCUGUCUCCCCGACCUCCGGCCGCCGCUGCCUGGCUCCUGGGUCUGAGGCCGGAAGACACUGCUGGAGGCCGCGUGUCCCUGGAGGGAGGCACCCUGCGCGCGGCCGAAGGCACCAGCUUCCUCCUACGCGUUUAUUUCCAGCCUGGGCCCCCGGCCGCCGCCGCGUCGGCGCCCGCGCCCACCGUCUCCCCGGGGGAAAACAGCACCGGCGCCUGGGCCCCGCGGCUCGUGUUUAUCGAGGAGCCCCCAGGCGGGAGCGGCGCGGCGACCAGCGCGCUCCCCACGCACGCCCCGGGACCUCAGCGCUGCCGCGAGCAGAGCGACUGGGCGUCCGACGUGGAGGUCCUGGGGCCUUUGCGCCCCGGGGGCGUGGCGGGCUCGGCCUUGGUGCAGGUGCGGGUGCGAGAGCUGCGCAAGGGCGAGGCGGAGCGCGGUGGGGCGGGCGGCGGCGGGAAGCUCUUCUCGCUGUGCGCCUGGGAUGGGCGCGCUUGGCACCACCACGGUGCCGCGGGCGGCUUCCUGCUGCGCGUCCGCCCGCGGCUCUACGGCCCGGGUGGGGACCUGCUGCCGCCCGCGUGGCUGCGGGCGCUCGGGGCGCUCCUGCUGCUGGCCCUGUCCGCCCUGUUCAGCGGCCUGCGCCUGAGCCUGCUCUCGCUGGACCCGGUGGAGUUACGGGUGCUGCGGAACAGUGGCUCGGCCGCCGAGCAGGAGCAGGCACGCCGCGUGCAGGCCGUACGCGGCAGGGGGACCCAUCUGCUUUGCACCCUUCUCCUGGGCCAAGCCGGAGCCAACGCCGCCCUGGCCGGCUGGCUGUGCGCUUCGCUGCCGCCGGGUGUCGGGGGUCCCUGGGAGGACUACAGCGAGGCGGGAGUUCAUUUCCCGUGGUUGCCGGCGCUUGUGUGCACGGGCGCCGUGUUCCUAGGAGCCGAGAUUUGCCCUUAUUCCGUGUGCUCGAGGCACGGCCUGGCCAUCGCCUCGCACAGCGUGUGUCUGACCCGGCUCCUGAUGGCGGCCGCCUUCCCGGUGUGCUAUCCGCUGGGCCGCCUGCUGGACUGGGCGCUGCGUCAGGAGAUCAGCACCUUCUACACGCGGGAGAAACUGCUGGAGACGCUGAGGGCUGCAGACCCCUACAGCGACCUGGUGAAGGAGGAGCUGAACAUCAUCCAGGGCGCUCUGGAGCUGCGCACCAAGGUGGUAGAGGAGGUGUUGACCCCACUAGGAGACUGCUUCAUGCUGCGUUCAGACGCGGUGCUGGACUUCGCCACUGUCUCCGAGAUCCUUCGCAGUGGCUACACUCGCAUCCCGGUGUACGAGGGCGAUCAGCGGCACAACAUUGUGGACAUUCUGUUUGUCAAAGACUUGGCCUUUGUGGACCCCGAUGACUGCACCCCACUCCUUACCGUCACCCGCUUCUACAACCGGCCUCUACACUGCGUCUUCAAUGAUACCCGGCUGGACACAGUGCUGGAGGAGUUUAAAAAGGGAAAAUCUCACCUGGCCAUUGUCCAGCGGGUAAAUAAUGAGGGAGAAGGAGACCCUUUCUAUGAGGUAAUGGGCAUUGUCACACUAGAAGACAUCAUAGAGGAAAUCAUCAAAUCAGAAAUCCUGGAUGAGACUGACCUCUACACCGACAAUCGGAAAAAGCAAAGGGUCCCGCAUCGAGAGAGGAAGCGGCAUGACUUCUCCUUAUUUAAGCUUUCCGACUCAGAGAUCAAAGUGAAGAUCUCACCACAGCUUCUGCUGGCCACACACCGCUUCAUGGCCACAGAAGUGGAGCCCUUCAAGUCUCUGUACCUUUCGGAGAAGAUUCUUCUCCGGCUUCUGAAACAUCCCAACGUGAUCCAGGAGCUGAAGUUUGAUGAGACGAACAAGAAGGCCCCAGAACACUACCUCUACCAGCGCAACCGCCCUGUGGACUACUUUGUGCUGCUGCUACAGGGUAAAGUGGAAGUGGAGGUUGGUAAAGAAGGCCUUCGCUUCGAGAAUGGAGCCUUUACCUACUAUGGUGUCCCAGCCAUCAUGACCACUGCUUGCUCAGAUAAUGACGUGCGGAAGGUUGGAAGUCUGGCUGGAUCCUCCGUCUUUCUGCCUGUCUCUGUGUCGCGCUCCGCCUUCAGCAGAGGGGACUCCCUGGCAGGCUCCCCAGUAAACCGAUCCCCUUCUCGCUGCAGCGGGUUGAAUCGCUCUGAGUCUCCGAAUAGAGAGCGCAGUGACUUUGGUGGGAGCAACACCCAGCUGUAUAGCAGCAGCAACAACCUCUACACACCCGACUACUCAGUCCACAUCCUCAGCGAUGUGCAGUUUGUGAAGGUCACACGACAGCAGUACCAGAAUGCACUCACCGCCUGCCAUAUGGACAGCUCACCCCAGUCCCCUGACAUGGAGGCCUUCACUGAUGGAGACUCCACCAAGGUUCCCACAACCCGGGUCACACCCCAGACACCCAAGGAUGAUGCUGCCCUCAUGCUACUGAACAACAGGACCAGCCUGCCAUGCAGCCAUUCAGAUGGUCUGAGAAGCCCCGGAGAGGUUGUGUAUCUGAGGAUGGAGGAGAUAGCCUUCACCCAGGAAGAAAUGACUGACUCUGAGGAGCACAGGACACAGCAACUCUCCCUGUCCCCUGCAGCUGUUCCCACAACAGCAGCAUCAGGUAAUGAAUGUUUUAAUAUCAUCCUGGACACAGAGACCAGUCCUUGCAGCAGUGACAUUGAGGAAACCAUGGGCAAGAAGCUGCUGAGAACUUUGAGUGGUCGAAAAAGGAAGAGAUCAGCAGAGGGAGAGAGAACCUCUGAGGAAAACUCCAACUUAACACCUCUGAUCACAUGACAGGCAAAGACAGCCUUCACGAGUGUGUAAGAUCCAGGGCUUUGGGGGAGAUCUGCUCUUUCUUCAUCUGCUUGACCCCAAGGCCUCCCUCGGUGACAGAGCAUUCUGCCUUCCUUCCGUUCCACCUUUUCACCCCUAGCUGUCAGUUUGGCAGAUUUUUCCCUCCUUGCCUCCAGUUUGACUCGGAACCUUGCCGUGGCCAUAACAGAAGGUGCCUCUAAUGGAAAUGCUAGAAAUGGCCUUGUCUAUAGCACAGUCUGAAACCAGAAAAGAAAUAACCCCAAGCUGACAAUACCACUCUGAGACCCUUUUGUUCUCUGUUCUUUGGGAUCCCAAUGUUACAGGAGACUCAUGUCCUGGAAUUCAUGCUUUCCUCCAGAUAAAAGUUACAACUUUGUACCAUAUUUCAUGCUUAGCUUAGUUCAGAAGGUGGCGCUGGCAUAUGGCCACAUAGCAGGCUGGAGUAGCAGGUAUAAAGAUUGAUUUGGAUGGACCAAGAAUUCCUCCAGAACUUUGGAUCAUGGGACUCAGCUGCAUUGGUCUGUGAUUGAUGUUGCAGCACAGAAAACUGUCAGUGACUGGUUUCCUGUGAGAUAAGGGUUUCAGCAGCCUGGGGAAGUAUGCCUCAGCUGGAAUGAAAAGAAUGUGAUAUGGAACCUUGACUCAGUGUUUUUCCCAGGGAUGCGUCUGUUUUGGCUCCCAAUCUAUAAUCCGCUCUGGAAGAGGAGCAGGGAACAGAGACCCAUGUGGGAGCCAAAGAUGGAACUUUCAUGUUUUAAGUGCAUAUCAAAGAAAAUAUAAUAAUAAUAAAAACCUUAAGUGGAAAAUUUUUAAGCUGUGAAAGUGAGUUUAGCCAUGACAAACCAAAGAGUGCCCAGGUCUGCCAAGAAGGAUACAUGAGGACUUCAGUGUGUGUUACACAGCAAUGUUGAAGAAUCACCAUUAUUUUUCACUUUUUCCCUGCCCUCUGACUGACUACACCCCAGCAGGUCAGCGAAGUAUACUUUAGUCCCACAAUUUGAACUGGAUCUGUGGUUUUUCUCCUGCAUGUUGGGCCAAGUGCAAUUAUGAGAAUUACCACAAGAUGGCAGAAUGACUGCACAUAUAGCACAGUACAGUACAUAAACUGCAGUACCUACUUUGAAGAAUUAUUCAGAGUUCUGAUCAGGAACCAUAGCAAACUUUAGGGAAAACUUGAAAAGUGCAGUUUGCCUUUGGAAAGCCUGCAUGCCUUUCUGAUAUGUCUCUCGCUAUUUGAGUGGUAUCAAGUGAUCCAGUGGUGCCAGAUGAAUCCUCAAAUCAUUUCCAAACUUCUCCCUGUGGUUUACGAUGCAGGCUUCCCUCCCCUUCCUUGAAAAGGAUAAUUCCCUCCCCUCACCUACUCAGUUAACCAUGUGGGACAGGGGAAAACUCGACAAUUCCUCUGGAUUAUUUGCAUCUCAAAGGAAAAUGCUUACCCACAGGAACCUUUAACUCAGGGGUUCUUACCUUGGGGUCUGUUACCCCAGAAGGUCCAUAAUUGGGCUUCAGAGGAUCUAUGAAACCCUUAAAAUUGCCUGAAUUUAAUAUGUAUGUUUUUAGUGUGUUUUCCAGAGCUGAAGCUUUCCUAAGAUUGUCAAGGUUCUCAGACCCAAAAAGGGUUAAAAUAACCACUAUUUUCAUUAAUGGAACUUUUUAUCCAAUGUUUCUGCAAUGCAAGAUGAAGUGGAUACUAGUCAUUAUGAGACAGAUUUUGAAUUGUAAGUGGUCUUCUCAAGUGUGUCAGUAAUUGGGGAAGCAGGACCCAAUAAGAAGCAGGAGUCCUCAGAAAUUCUUGGCACACCCUUGAUAUUGUACAUCCGAUGCACCACAAAAUUUUGGUUCUCUGCCCCACCAAACCAGAGCAGGUAUUGCAGACAGGAGGGCCACAGCAUGUGUGAGUAAAAACUUGGAGCUAGAGAUGUCUUUUUCGGUAAUACAUUACUGACUUUGAGACAUCCCUUGCCUGACCUGGCCUGAGGCUCAGCCAUGCAUGUGUUCUUGUAGAUAACCCUCCUGCUACCCACCCCUCACCUACUCUUGCCUGACAGGAACAGUGUCAGCCCUCAGUGCUGGGCAUCUUGGACCCAGACCAGUAAAUGGUGAACUAGAAUUGUCAUCCUGCAGUCUCCCAGCCUAGCUGGCCACUGAGCCAGAAGAGCUGCCUGACGAGGUUCCCUCUCCUUAUCCUAUAGACCACCAGGCACGGACCACUACUCUUGCAUUACAUUCACCUCCGUGCAGAACCUCUAAGGAGCUCGUCACCACUCCUCUCCCUAGCUCCCUACCCACAGAGUUUCUUCAGGUUUAAAAAAAUGGAUUUUACAAUAAAGCAUUUAUGAAGGGUCAAUUGUAAAUAAUUUUUAAAUAAAAUGAAAAUGCUUUUACUGGAA